CUUCUUUGAUGAAUAAACUGAAUUGACUUUUCUCUUCUUCCAAAUACUAUUCUGAAGUUCAAGAUGGUAUCAGAGCUUAGGAAUGAUCGAGUAACAAUUCUUACCUAAUUUCAUUGUCAAAAUGCCGAUUGAGGAAAGUUCUACAAUGAGCACGAUGAAUUCAGCCGGAUCGUAUAAGGAUCCAUUAUUUCUGGCAUCCAAUGAUCAUUCGAAUCUAGUGCUCACGAAUGAAUUGUUCAAUGGAAACAAUUACCUAAACUGGUCGAGAGGCGUUAAAAUGGCUCUAAUUUCGAAGAACAAGCUCGUGUUUGUGAACGGAAAGUUCAAAAGGCCAAAUGAAAACUCUGACAAUUUCCAGGAAUGGAUCAGAGUUGAUUACACGGUCAUGAGCUGGCUUCUUCAUUCAAUGACUCCAACAAUCGCUCGAACUAUGAUGUAUGUGACUUCUUCAAAACAAUUGUGGGAAGAAAUCAAAGAGAGGUAUUGUCAGACAAACGCUCCCUACCUUUACCAAUUAAAAAAGGAUUUAAGUCAAAUAAAACAAGAAGGAGGAACAAUUGCUGAAUAUUUUGGUAGAUUGAAAUCGGUCUGGGAGGAUAUUCAAACAUUAGAUGGACUUCCAAUGUGUGAGUGUGGUGCUGUGAAUUCAUGUACAUGUGAACUUCUGAAACAAAUUAUUGAGAAAGACAACAGGAACAAACUCAUGGAGUUCUUAAUGGGGCUGGACAAUCAUUAUGAGCCAUUAUGGAAUCAAAUACUUGGUGUGGAUCCUUUACCAACUGUGAAUCAAGCUUUUUUUCGAAUACAGCAAGUUGAGAUGCAAAAGUUCAUCAGCAACCAGGAUUGUGAUGUUUCAGGAGGUAUGGCAAUGGCUGCGAACAAAUACAAUCAAGUUCCAAACAUUCAGAGUAUUAACUCAGACUAUAAGACCAUGAACAAGGCUGAUUAUCUGAAAUCAAAAUUGGAGAAACAGUCACUCUUGUGUGUUCAUUGUAACAAGACUGGUCACUUGAUGAAAGACUGCUUUGAGAUUAAAGGCUAUCCAGACUGGUACAAAGGUUCAAAAGGAAAGAAAAAUUCAAGAAACUCAAAUGAGAAGAAAUUUGCUGGCAGCACAGGUCGUGAUGGAAAUUCCAAAAAUACAGAAAAUGCACACAAUUAUGAUAAUACACCUUUAGACGAGGAGAUGGAUUCACAAGUGAAGUUGCUUGAUCAAAUGGAUGUGGAUAUCAUCCAAGACUAUCUGAAGCAUAAGAAUCUAUCUAAUGCAAACAUGAGACAAGCUUCUGCAAGUUUCAGCAUGGCAGGACCCUUCUACUGAAAAACGGAUAAUGCUUGGAAGGAAGAAAUCUGGACUCUACAUAUUUGAAGUCAAGGAUGAGAUGAAUAAAGCCAUUCCUACUUCUAUAGUUUCUAGCAAUAAACACAAUAUUAUGGCAACAGAAUGUAUAGUAAAUAAAUCUUGCCAUAUUCCUGAUCAUGUAUUGCUUUUCCACAACAGGUUAGGACAUACAUCUUUAUCAAAGCUAAAACAUCUUUGUGUUGCAGAAGAUGUUAUAGAUGUUAACAACCUGUCUUGUGAAGUUUGUAUUUUGGCAAAACAUCAUAGAAUGCCUUUUGAAAGAAGUGAAUCUAAUGCUUCCAGGAUAUUUGAUCUUGUUCAUAUAGACUUAUGGGGA